AUGCGCUCCUCAUCUCCCUUGAAGAGCCUCUUGGCAGGCUCGGCCUUCUGGGCCGCCUCCUGCAGCGCCGUCACGCUCUACGCGGCCGACUCGGGCGGAAAUGUCACGACGCUGUCGCUGGCCGGAUCGGCCGGGGGCAACUACAGCUUUUCCGUCGCCAGCAAGACGGCAGACUGCGAUGUCAACCCUGCCUGGCUCACCCUCGACGGCGCCAACAGGGUGCUCUACUGCCUCGACCGCGGCUCCAACUCGCAGCCCAACGGCUCGCUAAACUCCUUCUCCAUCGGGGAGGGCGGCGCCUUGACCCGCAUCGCCCGUGUCUCGGCGCCCUUUAGCGGCGUCGCUGGCGAGAUCGUCACCACGCCCGCUGGCGUCCGGGGCUAUGUCUCUGCUUCAUAUCUAGAAGGGAAAGCAACAGCUUCAAGGGAUACCAAGCUCACACAUCUCGGUAGCAACCGAAGCGCUGCGGCCGUCUUCGCCCUUGGCGACAAAGGCGCCCUCCCGGGCACCGGUCCCCUUCAGGAGAUCUUCCCGACGCUGGACCAGCCCGGCCCGGUAGCCUCCCGCCAGGACACCUCCUACCUGCACCACGUCAUCAACGACCCCAAGGGCCAGUACGUGCUCCUCGCCGACCUGGGCGGCGACAAGGUCCGGGUCUACUCCUACGACUCCAACACCGUGGCGCCGAUCAAGGAGGUCGACGGCCUGGUCACCGGCCCCGGCGUCGGCCCCCGCCACGGCGUCUUCCGCACCGCCGCCAACGGCGACGUCUUCUUCUACUUCAACGGCGAGCUCGACCAGAACAUCUACUCGUACAAGGUCGAGUACAAGGAGACCGGGCUCGCCUUCACAAAGGUCUUUUCCAUCCCGGCCAUCAGCGCUGACCUCCCGGCGACAAAAGCCCCGACUAGCGAGAUUGCCCUCACUCCGGACAACAAGUUCCUCAUCGUCUCCAACCGCGACGUCUCCUUCCGCGACUCCCCGAUCCUCGGCUCCGGGCCCUCGGACACGCUCUCCACCUUCGCCAUCAAGGAGGACGGCACCCUGGAGUUGGUGCAGCUCGCGCCGUCCGGCGGCUGGUCGCCGCGCCAGUUCUCCAUCAACAAGGCCGGCGACCUCAUCGCCGUGGGCCACCAGAACAACCGCACCGUCGUCAUCUGGAAGCGCGACCUCGAGUCCGGCAAGAUCGUCCCCGAGGCGGAGGGCGGCAAGGUUGGCGUGGUUACGCUCACUGGCGCUGUUGUCGCGACCAUCUGGGACGAGUAG